AUGGCUCUUGGAGUGCUUAAUACACAGGAUAAAAAUUCCAUGAGUGGGAGUGUAUUUUUCGACCGCGGUUCUAUAGAGGAACAGAAACCUCCACCUCCGCUCCACAACUACCUUUGUUUGACUAUUUUCACCUGCUUUUGUCCUGCAUACCCCGUCAAUAUUGUGGCCCUAGUCUUCUCUAUCAUGUCCAGGAACAGCUAUGAUCGUGGUGACUACGAUGGGUCGAGGCGGCUGGGCAGGAACGCUCUCUAUGUCGCCAUUGCCUCCAUCAUCAUCGGACUUCUGAUCAUCGCUAUCAUCUGCGCCGUUCAUUUAACCGCUGUAAGAGACUGUAGCUAUUGUGUGACAUUGCCAUGUGGUUAUUAUAUCUAUAAAGCUAUGUGUACCCUGUGUGAGAUCCACCACUACCUGUAA